AUGGUCUGUGAAGCGGAAGAGGCGGUGUGGUUUCUGAGCGUCCUGUUUGCGGCACGCCAGACCUCCGCAGGUGGCCAUGGCUGGAACGAACAUGUCCCAGUUAAGUACGUGGUGAAACACGUUCACAAACCAGUUCCCGUUGCCAAGCACGUCGCAGUGCCGCACUACGUCCCGGUUCCUAAAUACAUCCCGGUCUUCAAGCCCUGGGCGUACGCAAAACCGGUCCCCAAGCACUACACCGUCUAUCAGAAUCACAAUAUUCCAAUUCCGAUACCGAUGUUCAAAUUCUACAACCAUCACACCCAGAUACCGAUCCCGAAACCGGUCCCGAUGCCCAUACCGAUAAAGAUCCCCAAGCCAGUGAUCGUGCCUGUCCCGAAACCAGUGUAUCACAAGAAAGAGGUACCGUUCCCGGUUCACGUUCCCGUUCCCAAACCGGUGGUGAUCCCCGUCUAUAAGCACGUGCCAGUACCUAUCCCGAAGCCGGUGCAUAAAGUCGUCAAAAUAAUCAAGGAGGUCCCCGUCUACAUCAAGAAACCAGUACCAGUGUACAUUGAGGAGAAACACCAUCAUCACAAACACGGCGGUGGCGCUUACCAGCAACAAGUUGGAGGUUGGGACAACGGAUGGAAAUCUUCGGCCUCCGCUCAUAACCCGGCUGUGAUCGCUCAAAUGUCUGGAGCCUCACUCGACUCUUUGCACGGCUCAGCGGCUGCGGCGGCCGCAGCUGCUGCUUUUGCCAUGCAUUUCAGCGAUGGCAAUCGUGGUAAUUCCAAUCACGGUAGCAGCAAUCACGUUGCGUACGGAAGUUUCGGAAAUCAAGGAGGCAACGGAAUAGGCGACGACGCCUACGCUGUUGCGGGCGCUUCCUUGGCUCAUGUCCACGGACACGGAGGAAACCAUGGAGGAAACCAUGGAGGAAACUAUGGAGGAGGCUUUGGGGGCGUUGUCCAUGGAGGGGGAUACGGAGGUAGUCACGGACGAGGUCACGGAGGAGCUCAUGGAGGAGCACACGGCUCAUGGGCGGCUCCAUCGACGAAUUACCAAAGUUUCUCGCAUCAAGUUCCGCGCGGAAAGCUAAAACCCUCCGAGUACCAGGUCGUUGCUCAGGUCGACAUCGAUCUUUCGGAUAAGAACAAAUCCUCAGCACCGAGAGUUCAACCGCAUCCACGUCAUUGA